UCACGAGCUGUUGUUGCCCUGCGUUGGGAGGCGCAUGCGCACCGCGGAGCUGGUUGGUGCGGUGCCGAGGGGGACCAAAUUCCAACUUGGCACGGGAGGAUGGGCCGUUGAAUCUCACGUUGCUCUGCCUGCGGUGCGGUUAAUGUCUGGGUUCUGAACCUCCCUCCCGGCCCCUCCCGGUAUUUAAGUUACUUGUCAAGUUAGCUUGAAAAAGCAGCGGAAAGAAGAUGUUUCAUGUUGUUCGGUAUCAGCAUCUAAAAUUAACCCAGAACAUUGGUUUUAGUGUACGUCUAAAGUUGAUUUUUCCAAGAACUCUUGCAUUUGUACAACUGUGGAAGUCAUGGCUCUCAACUCUCUCUCUUGUUGGAGACCAGAAUAUUGUCCUGAUGGGACCUCCUGGAGCUGGGAAGACAACAGUUGGGAGAAUAGUAGGUCACAAACUCGGCUGUCGUGUCAUAGAUGUGGAUGAUGAUGUCCUUGAAACAACCUGGAAUAUGAGUGUGUCAGAAAAAUUGCAGGAUGUUGGUAGUCGACAAUUUAUAGAAGAGGAAGGAAAAGCCCUGUUAAAGUUUUCAGCAUCUGGAAGUGUAAUUUCCCUUUCUGGGUCGAAUCCAAUGCAUGCUGCCAGCAUGCAGCAUGUGAAGAAAAAUGGGAUUGUUGUGUAUCUGGAUGUACCCACAAGAGACAUAAUAGAUAGGCUGGAAUUAAUGAAAGUGGAUCGUAUUGUGGGGCAGGAUUCUGGAAUUUCUAUGAGAGACAUACUUCAGUUUAGGAAGCAAUUUUAUAAAAAAUGGUAUGAUAUUCGUGUUCUUUGUGAAGGUGGACUUACAGCAGAGGUUGUAGCAGAUAAAGUACUUGAUGCAGUUAAGAGAUAUCAAGACUCAGAAUCAGAAACUUUUAUUUCAACCAGACAUAUAAGGUCUGAAAUGUGUGAGCAAAAAGGCUCUGUUAAAUAUUUCACUGAAGCUGUUGUUGAGGGCCUAGCAUCUGAUGGUGGACUCUUUGUUCCUGAGAAGGGGCUUCCAACAUUCACUGCUGGAGAAUGGCAAAGCUUAGUAGAAGCAACUUACGUUGAAAGAGCUCAGGUUAUAUUGGAAAGAUUUAUACAUCCUGCUGAUAUACCUGCUUUCAAGCUGGGAGAAAUUGUUGAGAUUGCUUAUGGAGAAAACUUUACUUGUUCUAAAAUUGCCCCUCUUAGGUAUCUGACAGGCAACCAGUUUCUCCUUGAGUUGUUUCAUGGACCAACAGCCUCAUUUAAGGAUUUGGCGUUACAGUUGAUGCCUCAUCUAUUUGCAUACUGUGUUCCCAAAAGAUGCAAUUAUUUGGUCCUAGUAGCUACUUCUGGAGACACAGGGAGUGCUGUCCUAGAUGGUUUUAGUCGUCUUAGUGAUACUGACAAACAAAGGAUUGCUGUGGUCACUUUCUUUCCUGAGGAUGGAGUAAGCCAGAUUCAGAAAUCACAGAUGAUUGGCUGCCAAAGAGAAAAUGGGUGGUCAGUGGGAGUCAAAUCUGAUUUUGAUUUUUGCCAGACAGCUAUAAAAAAAAUAUUUACCAAUUCUGAUUAUUCUGGCUUUCUUACUGUAGAAUAUGGAACAGCUUUAAGUGCAGCAAAUUCUAUAAACUGGGCUCGACUACUUCCCCAAGUUAUUUAUCAUGCCUCUGCCUACCUUGACCUUGUUCAUCAAGAUAUUAUUACUUUUGGAAGCCCAAUAGAUGUGUGUAUUCCUACAGGAAACUUUGGCAACAUAUUAGCUGCAUUAUAUGCAAAAAGGAUGGGAAUCCCUAUCAGAAAAUGUAUUUGUGCAUCCAAUGGAAAUAAUGUUUUGACCGAUUUCAUAAGAACAGGUCUUUAUGAUUUAAGGGGAAGAAGAUUAAUGCAGACUUCAUCACCAGCAAUAGAUAUUUUGAAAUCUUCCAACCUUGAACGACAUUUGCACCUGAUUGCUAGUGGUGAUGGACAGCUGGUGACACAAUUAUUUAGUGAGCUGGAAAAGCAAUGUCACUUUCAGUUGCAGAAAGAUCUACUUGAGAAGCUUCAGCAAGACUUGGUGGCUGGGUGGUGCUCUGAGGAGGACUGUCUUGCUGCUAUCCACUCUGUAUACAGUACUACAGGGUAUAUUUUGGACACGCACACGGCUAUUGCUAAAGUAGUUGCAGAUCGAUUACAGGAUAGAACAUGUCCAGUUAUCAUUUCAUCUACAGCUCAUUAUUCCAAGUUUGCACCUGCUAUCCUGCGGGCUUUGAGGAUUGCAGAAAUAAAACAGAAUCCUUUAAGUCAGCUUCACUUGCUGAGUUCUUACAGUCCUUUGCCUCCAGUCCAUAGGGGCCUGUUAAAGACAUUGAAAGAGAACGAAAAGCAGAAACAUCAGAUCUGUGCUGCUGAUGUGAAUGUCAUGAUGGCACAUAUAGAAACUGUAAUACAAAAUAAGUUUAUGAAAGUUUUCUAAGUAAAUUUACUUGGUGUUUAUUAUAUCAAUUUAAAUAUUUUCUUCACUAAAAAGUCAUAUUUUAAUAAAUGCAUAGUACACAAGGUCUUUGGCAAGUUUAUAUUCUGAGUAUACUUUCUCAUUUUCAUGUUCCGCUAAAACAUUUUAACAUUGAUUUUAAAAUUUUUUGCAUGCAUGUGAGAAUUCUAAUUCGGGUGAACGGUUCUUGUUUGAAAGCCCAAGAGACCGAGGGGCUCUUUUACAGAAAAAGUGCAGUAGUGCACGCUUCCCCACAAAACCCUGGCAGUGUGCCUCAAUCCUGACUUGAGAGCGAGCACUUCUAAGGUGAAAGAAUCAUCCUAUCUGAAACUGCUAACAAGUGCUCCAGUUGUGUUGUUGUGUAUGUGGUAUGUGCUGUGAAUACUUUCCACUGGAAAUUUAGCUAAACAUUAAUCUAACAUGGGGCAUUCAAAAGCCUUCAGGUGUAGUAACAGCUUUCAUCUUCUCUUCAUCUGGGAUAUAUUUAAACUGGAAUCCUUGAAGUUAAAUUACCUAUAUCUUAUUAUCCACACAAUCCUACAAUAUUUUAAUAUGCUCUCUCUGUAUAUAUUGUUUUUGUAUUGACUAUGUAAUCACAUAUUCUUGUUCAGUGUCAAAACAUUUUUUUUGUCUUGCCAUAGGGGACAGUAUUUUUCCUUAACCUCGAGCCUGUAUGUUUUAUUAUCACCUUUUAAAGCAUAUUUUUUCCCUGAAUGUGCUUGCAACUUCCAUUAGCCUCUGCUGAGGCUUUUCUAUUUGAGCUCACAAGUUUAUUGCACCAUCUUACCAAAUAGUAGAAGAUAGUAAUAUCAGAAGCCUUCUUGAAUAAGUGUAAAUUAAAAUAUUCAAUUGUUGAAUUCCCAUCCUUUUUCUCAAAUUUUAUGUUUGUGUUCAGGGACACCCCCCUCCCCCCCAAGCUUCUGGGGAUAUUCAAAAUUACUUUUAUUUUUAUGUCCUCUGUAAUUUUCUCCCCUUGAUUUUUGAGUGGUUUUUGUGUAUCUGAGAAGCCACAGAAAACAAUUAGCCGAAGAUUGAGGCAAAUGUUCUUUUAAAAAAAAAAGCUUCUAAAAUUGGAUGCUACUGCACCUUAUCCAUCCUUGCUAAGGCAAUCUAUUUUAGGUCACAUGGUCAAGUUAUCCUUUCUGUAUCAGCUAAUGACUAGUGGUUUAAUAGGUUUUUUGCAUCAAAAAUAAUAGAUCUGGAUGUCAAAGUGCAAAACUAUCUUAGAUGAGAUUACCAUAUAUCUACUAAUUGUAGAUUGUAUUUGGCAAUCAAAGGGGUAAAGUUUAAGUACCCGCUACAUGAUAUACUGUUACCAAGCACAUUAUAAGCUGAUUGAAACAGGAAUGGUUUGUAUAUGUUAUAUGAUAAAUAUUACAAAUAAUAGCUUCUCAUGUAUAUUAAAGGUGUAUCCACUACAAA